AUGACAGCCCCAUACAUUCUCCGUGGCGGUGCGCCCAAAAAGAUCGCCAUUGCGUUGAGUGGAGGUGUCGAUUCGUCCGUGGUGGCAUAUUUGAUGAAGCAGGCGAAUUCUAGUCGCCAGCACGAAUUGUUGGCCAUCCACAUGUCCAAUUGGAACACCAACGAUGAGGAGGAUCCUUACUGUACAAAAGAACGUGAUUGGAAAGAUGCCCAAGCAGUGGCAAAGCAGCUGAAUCUUCCAUUGCAUCCAACAUCGUUUGCGGCAGAGUAUUGGACACAAGUCUUUGAGCCCUUUACAGAGGGUGUCGAACAAGGCACUCGUCCCAAUCCCGAUGUCAAAUGCAAUCGAUACAUCAAAUUUGGAGCCCUCAAGGAAUAUGUGCACACGACGCUUCAAGCAGAUGUGCUUGCGACGGGCCAUUAUGCCCGAUUAUGGAAUCGAUCUGGCAACGCGCUGUUUACUACUGAUGAUACCCACGACAAUAAUCCCCACCAAGACUUAAUCGAAGAAAUGCUGCAACAAGAUCCUGAUCCCCCCACUUGGAUUCGAACUUGGGGAGACAAAUCUUCGAACAACAAUGGCACACAACUCACACCCCUCCUAUUGGCGGCGAGGGACCGAACCAAAUGUCAAUCGUUCUUCCUGUCAUCCGUGCCCGGAAGUGCCUUUCAAAAUGUCGUCUUUCCACUGGGAGACUUGCUCAAGAAAAAGAAGAAUCCGACACGACGGCAAGAUGAUGUGCGGCUGAAUGACACCAUGACGGUACGAGAGAUUGCAGAGUUUGCCAACCUGUCGACCGCGCGGAAAAAAGACAGUAUGGGGAUCUGUUUCAUCGGAAAGCGACCGGGUGGUUUUACCGACUUUAUUGACCAAUACUUUCCCGUAGAUACCAGCUUUUCGUAUCAGUUUGUCGAUGUGGAUACCGGAGCGAUUGUGGCCAACGAACAUGGGACUAGUACGACCCAUCACAUGGUCUAUACACGGGGACAACGGGCGAAAAUAUCCGGCGCGUCUGUGGCUUGGUUUGUGGUUCGCACGGAUAAGGAAUCCAAGAGCAUUUGGGUCUGUCAAGGUACUCAUCAUCCGGCCUUGUACACGGAUACAAUCUACAUGAAAGCUAUUCACUGGGUUGCCGGGGAGCCUCCACCCCCGUUAUUGUUGACGCAUGUUUUGCAUGCCAAGUGUCGUGUGCGCAAUUUACAGCCCCUCGUCGAUUGUCAAAUCACAUAUGAUCCAGAUUCCCAACAGUACAUUGUUCAAACGCAAAAACCGCUGAGAGCCGUUACACCCGGUCAGCAUUGUGCUCUCUAUGUUGGGGCGGACGGUUUGGUGUGCCUAGGAGGUGGUGAAGUACAGGAACGGGGGCCAAGUUAUCACGAGCUCGGUAAGGAAAUGCCGUCCACUGGCGACUUGCAUCCUUCAGGACAUAAUGACCUGUCAGUGCUUCCCAAGCAAGCAAAGACAUGA